AUGAUGUCUUGGUUGUUUGAAUUGAAUAUUUUCGUCAUUAUUCUAUCUGCAGGCGUCAUUGCUGAUGAUGCGUGUCGAUUUGAAAGUUCGCAAGGCGUUAUUGAUUUGACUUCUCUUGGAAGGGGCGAUGGAAAACCUACCUAUCCAGAUGUGACACCGGCCGUGGCAUCUAAUUACCUUUACAGAUACAAUCCAUGUAAACCGUUCUCCGAAGGCGAAUGUAUAAAUGCAGCUGUUUGUCAAAUGACAAAAGAUGAACGUCAUUACUUCGUUCUGGGAACACAAGAUAGUGCCGUUUGGAUUACAAAUAGCAGUAGUCAUCCUUCUAUCAUAUAUUCCUUUGAGAUAAGACGAGUGAUGAUUACAUUAAUCUGUGUCACUGAUGACACCAAUGAGCUUGAAGCUUUGGGGGAGGGCCCACCGAAUUUCUAUCGAUUUAAUUUGAAAAACAAAUGUGCUUGUUGGAAUGGAUGUCGAGCGCCACCACAAUUGGAUUGCACAAUCAAUGGAACGAGCUAUACUUCAGACAAACAAAUCAUUCAAUCAUUGCCAUUUCCUAUUCAUAUCAAUCCAGCAGAACCAUCACAAACAUCGAAUUAUGCCAUUGUUGACAGAAAUAGUCAUGUUAUUGAGUUGAAUUUAGUGAAUAUUCUCCGACUCCCAUCUGCGAUUUUUUGCCUGAGUAGUCUACAAAAACUUUCAAUUUCAGACUCGCCUAGCCUUGUCAUCCCUUCUGACAUUGGUCGUCUCUCUUCUUCACUUACAUCUUUACACUUAUUGAACAGCACUCGAUCACCUUCCGCACUUCCACCUGAACUAUUCAAUCUGAAUCAUUUAUCAAGUCUGUCCAUUAUCAACUGCGGCUUGGAAGCACUUUCCGCAAAUCUUAGCAAACUCACUUUGCUCACUGAACUUAUACUUGAUCAAAACUUGUUGACUUAUCUACCGUGGAGUGUAUACGUAUUACCAUCGCUUACCUUAUUUUCUGUUCGUAAUAAUUCUCGACUAUCUUCACUUGAUGCUCUGUCCGACUCAACAUCGUUGAAGGAACUACGAGCAUCGAAUUGUAUCAUCGACCGUCUCCCGAACAGUAUCCCUAAUCUAAGUCUAAUUGACCUUGAUAACAAUCAACUGACAUCACUCGAUAGUCUUGAUACGAUUUCAUCCUCAAAUUGUUCGUCGUUCUCAUUUAAUAACAACAGAAUUGCAUCGAUUCCCAGUGCUUCGCUAGCAAAAAUCAAUACAUUGAAUAACUUCGAUCUAUCCAACAAUCUAUUAACAACAUUACCGGAAAUCAUCUAUGUGCUUAACGAUUUGAAAAUGGUCAACCUACAAAGAAAUAACUUUAGUAGCAGCGAAAUCGAAUGGAUUAGCGGUAUAUUUCGGGUGACAAACACCACUGUGAUUUUUUGA